CAGGAAAUGGAGCCAGAGAUGCUUGAAAUUAUCAAGGUUUCAAAGACAAGAGCGAAAGCAAUGGUGGAUGCAGCUAUUAAGGCUGCAUCAUCUGUGAAGGAAGGAGAAGAUGCCAUCAAAAUGAUCCAAGAAGCCUUAGACAUGAUUGGCAAACAUCAGCCGUUACGCAGCUCUAUAGUAGCCAAACAGGAAGAGCACGCAAGUGGCAGCAUUGAGCAUCAUCAUCACAACCUAUCUCCCUCAGACGCAUCAAAGCCUAUGGCUAACAACGAUUCGAUCUCACAAAAUGGUUCAGAGAAAAAAGAGGCUCAAAUGCCUUCAGAGUUAAUCACGUCCUGUGUUGCCACUUGGAUCAUGAUUCAGAUGUGCACGGAGAGGCAGUACCCUCCAGCUUAUGUAGCGCAGCUUAUGGACACAGCAGUCACAAGCUUGCAGCCUCGAUGCCCCCAGAAUCUACCGAUCUACAGAGAAAUCCAAAUGUGUAUGGGACGAAUCAAGACUCAAAUCAUGUCUCUAGUACCAAGUUGAAAAUGCCAAUUCACUUGGGUUAGUGUUUUUUUUUGUCUCAUUAGGUAAGUCCAUUCUCUUUUUAACUUAGAGUAGAUGAUGGCAUUAUCACCUGAGAAAAUGGUGUUAGAGGUGAAUGGGUUCAAUGGUAGUUUGCACCAUUGGUUCUGUAACUUAAAAUCUGAUGCUUAUGGUUUUUAUUAUAAUAUUCCAUGAAUGUCCUUUUUGGCCACUUUCAACUCAACUAGUUAAAGUCAAACAUAACUGGAAAUGUUACAAUUGGUUUCAAAAUAAAGCAAAAGAUUAGACAAGCAAAUGGAUUACAAAACAUAGAAUGUUGUUUCCCCACCUUACGUUUCUAUCAUCAGGAAGCUCUUGUUAAGCACCGGCUUGUAGGCAAACGGGUCACACCUGUUGACUAUAAGGUUCUGUGCUAAGUUCCAAUCAUCAUCGCAUAGUCCAUGUACGUCUCUAGCUCCACCUUCAUAGUGUUGUAAACUCUCUCUGUUCCAAACAUAUGUUUAUCUUCUUCCCAACAAGAUUCUCCUUGGGGGUAAUGUACUUUCUUAUCUCCUCAGUGAGAAACAUGUUGAUCAGAGGCUCUUCCUUAUCCUCAGUGAGAAACAUGUUAAUGCAAUUAGAUUAUUGACGUACGUAGCUUUUAUAACCACAGCAAUUUCUUUUUUAUUUUUCUCAUCAUAAAUAGAGAUGGCAAAUUGGGUACUGGCCCGCGGGCCUGGCCCGUAAGGGUUUGGUGCGGGGCGGGUUUGGGCCUAAGAAUUCAUGACCCGCAAAAAAGCGGGCUUUGCGGGAUGGAGCUUGCACGGUACCGGGUUGAAAGCGGGACGGCCCGUAACAACCGCGGGAAGACCCAGAUGAACCGCUAGACGCUUCAGUUGCUUUCGUCACCUGAAAUUCUGAAAACAAAACGAAAGAGAGAGUGGGAAGAGAUGGAGCUCCGACGAUGGCCGUGGGAAGAGAUGACAACGAUGGCCGUGGGAAGAGAUGAAGACGAUGGCCGUGGGAAGAGAUGGAGCUCCGACGAUGGCCGUUCGAUGUCCGACAGGCGACAAUGCUUCUGGUGACCACAUCGUGUUCAAUCUGCAGUAGAGGAGCUUCUCUUCCUUUUCGUUCCACCACCGACGAUGGCUGUUCGAUGUCCGACAGGCGACAAUGCUUCUUGAUGAUGUCUUCUCUGCUUCAUCUUCUUCUGCGAGUGUUUCAGCACCAUCUCCUUUCGGAGCAGCGCCAGCCAGUGGUUCAGCACCACUCUUUGGAUCUUCCUCAUCCUUAUUCUCCGCUCCUUCAUCUGCAGCCGGAUCGAGUUCUCCUCUCUUCGCUACAUCCUCAUCAUCUGCUACUACAACGCAGACAUCUCUUGUUGUGGCUUCGACGACUGGGACAAGCACAACUGUUGCAGCUCCAGUGGCUGGUGCUCCCAAGUUACCAUCUGAAAUAACUGGCAAAACUGUUGAGGAGGUAGAUAUAUGGCCUCUUAUGAUUUAUUAUUUUCUUGACUUGAUAUAUUUACACAGUGUUCAACUGUGUAUCUUUGGCGUUUUGAAUAUUAUCAAGGAGUGGAAUACUGAGCUAGAAGAGCGUACAGGGAGUUUCCGGAAACAGGCAAAUGCAAUAGCUGAAUGGGAUAAGCGGAUCCUGCAGAACCGUGAUGUUUUUUUGAGGCUUGAGGAAGAAGUAGACACUAUAAUACCCAAUAUCCCGCGGGACGGCCCGCGAAGGCUUGUAAAAAAUGCGGUACGGGAUUGGUCAGCUACUUUCAGAACCGCAUCCCGCGCGGGACAAGCCCGCCGUGUCCCGCCCAAAGACAAACCCGCAGCGGUCCGGGACGGGAGAGCCCAAUUGACAUCUCUACUUGACAACUGUUAAUCAACACUUC